CCAUCCGGAAACGAUGUACGGUUGGUAACGCAUGGUUAAGCACCGACGAGGGUUAAAGAACAUCACUAAGGGCUGUUCGGUGUGCAUACAACCUUCACAUUGCUUCUUGCAGCCGCUGCACUGCCCUUGACUUACAAGCUUAUAAUAGCGCUCGGAUGGUAGGGUACGAUUUUCAGACGCUCCUCGGCCACCGGCACGUUAUCACCGGUUGCGCAGUACGCAACCAAGCUUUGCGCGAAACGGUAAACGCGAUCGCUUCCUCCCGGGCUCAUCAUCAUGACCAGACCCGAACCAUCCCGCCGAAGUCCCGGGCGCUACAAUAGACCGUCACCACCGGCCCACCAGCACGUCGAGCACGCUGACAAUCGGGGCGUACGCAUCUUUACCGGCAGCGAGAAACAGUCGAAAGUGUUCUGCAAUCCGGUAAUCUUCCACCAGGACGCUAUCCGCGUCCAGCCGUACCAGGAGAACGAUUGGGACAACAACGAAACGACACCGAACUACGAGGCGGAUCGUGCCGUGAAUGGGUCGGAUCGGCGGGACCGGGACAACGGUGGUUACGAUGUGCGACGCUCGGUGCUGGAGAAUGCGCUCAACAUCGCCUUCCUGGCGGCCAACUCCAAUCAGCUGCGGCUGCUGGGCAGCUCCAACAGCGAGCGCCAGGAAACGGUCAGCUAUCAAACUAUCUUCGCGCUGCUGAUAGUGUCGCUCAUACUGCAACUACUGAACUGUGUCGCCAUGCUGAUGAUGUCGACGUACACCAGUCAGCGUUGGCCGCUGCUACGAACCCUGGCCUGCUUGGUGGCGACGGUAAUUGCGCUGCUGAAUCUGGGCGUCGUAACGCUGCUGAAUGUUUUGCUCGAAACUUAUGCAAUGAACGAUCGUGAGCAAGAGAAGCGCCCUGCCGAUCUACCCGUAGUGUACCGUCCAAACGCUGCGACACCCAAUGGACACUACAGGAACAACAUUACCCGCACGAACCCCCUGUUCGGUAGGAGCAAAAGUGAACUCGAUAUAGCGAGCGGACAAUUCGAGCUAAAUCCGGAAGGAGCUGACACUAACACGGAUCCGUUGUCAGCGUUAAUUGCACGCUCGUCCCGCAGCUCAACGGCAGCAGUUCCACCGACACCGCCACCCUUGCCCCCGAAACCAAUUACCGUGACCGGUAUCUAUCAGACGGAUAGUGGGCGCAGGGAGUCUACCAUAACGCCUUCGUACGACAUCUCCAAAAGCAUCGCCGAAAGUGCUAUGGACAUUUCUUUGCUGACGGCCAAUGCAAACCAGCUGCGGCUGCUCAUUACCUACAACCAGGGCUCCAAGACGUACGUUGCGUGCAUCACGUUCGUGAUCAUGUCGCUGGUACUGCAAAUGAUGGUCGCCAUUACGAUGAUCGUAGUUUCGCUCACCAAACCCCAACGUGAUGAUCCGAAAAGGCAGCGCGUCAAGAUCGUAACGUCGAUCGGUGUAGCCAUCAUUACGAUGAUCAACAUCCUUGUAGCAUCGCUGGUUGUUGCGGAACAACCACCCAAUGCUAUCGUGGCCUCUUCCGGCAGCGUGGUCGGUCUGCUUACCAACGUGAACAUAACGGAUAGCGCUCUUGGUGGAACGUAGAACACCUGCACGGAAGAACAGUUAUGACCUUGACAUAGCUCUCCGAUUUAUAGUA